AUGACUUGCUGUUCACGUCUUCUCACAAUUUCAACGGUCAUUGUCGGUACUUCCGCAGCUGCUGCCCUUAUUUAUUAUUACUUGCAAAGCCAGAAAAACGAGAAGAAAAGUGAAAGACGCGAUGCUGCCGGAGCCGAUGCGAUUUCACGAAGAGAAACUGACGAACACGUCGAAAGUGAUGAAGAUGACGCGCUUUCCCAAAUGUUCCAAAUCGAAGACGAAAAUGUUAGAAAAGUUGUCGAGAAAAUAUUUGUCCGCGAGAUUAAUUUGGGAGAAGAGCUUAUAGCGAAUGCUGAAACCGCUGAAACCGGAGCAAUUCAUUUAUCAAAUGCGAUUGCUUUGAGUGGAGAAUCCGAUGAGCUUUUGGCCGUUUUACAAAAAAGCAUGUCGAAUGCCAAAUAUUCGCUGAUUAUGAAAUAUAUGCCAACGGCUGAUUUUAGAAUCUAUCAUUUGAUGCAAGACGAACUUGAGGAAGAAGUCAUCCAUGCGGCGUUCGCCUAA